AUGUCUGACUCGGAUACAGAAUCAUUCCAUAGUUUUGAUAGUGGUAAUGAUUACGUCGAUAAUGAUAUCGAAUCAGUUAAAGAAGUAGUCGUCUGGAAUGGGAAAAUUGCGCGCAGAAAUGAUUGUUCCAGUGAUGAAUUGGUUAUUAGUCACAGUUCAUCGCCAAAAUUUUCUUGCUCGUUUAUCGCGUCUAAUCGACUAACAGAGCAGGCUGAUCAAGAAACUGGAAAAUUGGCUCGAGCUCGAGAGAUUGGCGAUGCGAAAGAUUCGUUCGAUGUUGGAGAAGAAUUCCACAAAGAUACUGAAAUUUCUGAAUCAUUUCCCACAGAUACGCAGUUGUUUGAAGGGGCUUCUUCGGAAGCGAAUAACAAGGCCAUGGAUGUUGAUGGCUGGGAGGAUUGGAAUAUCGAAAUGGAGAAAAAUGAAAAUGAUACUGAAAAAAUUGCAGAUGAAAAUUCAACAUCAGAGGAUUUCACAAAUCUUUUUCAAGCGAAUAAGAAAACAACAAUAACCAACGAUUUUUCUUUUUGGAAAUGGAAUAAUUUUUCUCAAGUGCUAAAUGCAGUUGGUGGCGGAAUAUCAAAUGUUGUUGAAUCCAGUUUAGGUCUUCCUAAACCUGAAGAACUGGCUGCAGAUGAAAAGAAAAAAGAAUUCGUGAAGGAUAAAGAAGUCAUGCAAGAUUCGGAUGCAAUGAUUUCAUCCUUUGGUAAUUUGCUAUCAGGAUUUGGCUCGAAUAUGGUUUCAGGAUCUCUGGAUGUAUUAGAGUCAUUGGGUAAAACGGCAUUUGAAAAAUUGACAGUAUCUCAGGAGGAGGGUAAAAGGCGGCGAUUUAUUUUCGAAUCCCAUAAUGAUCAGAAUUUGUCGGAGAUUCUCAGAGAGCUUCAAGAAGCACAGCGAAUCGAUGAAAUGCACCAUUUCGAUAAUUGUUUUGGUAAAUCGAAGCGAAAAAAUUUAAUUGAUUUAUUUGAGCGAAGCGGCGGUUUUGUUCAUUUGGAAGGGCUUGAAAUGCUAUCUGGAAACUAUGCGAUGAAAUUUUCAUCAUAUGAAAAAGUUGCGAAUGGAAUCAUGGCAAAAGCUUUAUCAGAGGAAUUGAAAGAUUGUUGUGAAAAUGAAGAUUUCGCUGGACAGUUGAAUCGUAUUCUUUCUGAUAUUAAUUUACCAUACGAUGGAUCAUCACUAUUACUUUGCGAAUCACAGUGUAACGAUCGCUGUUCAAAUCUUUCAAAAGAUUCACUUUUGGCCUAUAAUGAUUGUUUGGAUAUCUGCAGCAUGACUUUGCCUUAUCUUGUAAUGGUCGUAUUUUUAGAAACUAUUGCUGAUUUAACUGCUGAUAGCGUCAAAAUGUUCCAUAAAUUAGCACAGCUAAUGUUAAUAACUGAUGAAAAACCCAGUCCGGAGCCUUUUGUGGACUUUUUAUUUUUAAUCGGGCGGCGAAUUUCGUUUUAUAGCAAUCAGUAUGCAAAUAAGUUCAAUUCAACAGAUGAAUUGGACGAAAGAGUGAGUUGCUGUUGGUAUUAA